ACAGUUAAGCCAUCGCCCUAUGCACUGCCCACUGCCUCUGCCUCCCUCAAUCCAUGCCCCCCCUUUACCACACACACAAACUGCCCUCCCUCUACCGAACACACAAACAGCCCUCCCUUCACAGCUCUUUCUGAGAGUCGCCCUCCCUUUCCCACUCUCUCUGAAAGUCACCCUCCCUUCACUGCUUUCACUCCAGCCCCAACCACCCCUGUUGCUUCACCAGAUGCUAGCACACUGUAUCCAGUUAUUAAAGGAACUAUGCAGCUUAAAGGGGAAUUAGAAGUUGAGGGAAAUGUGGAACUGUAUGAUGAGAUGCAUAGAGGCAAAGAAGGAUCAUUCAGUGAACAAAGUCAGGCAGCAGGAGGAGCUAGUCAGUAUACCAGGACUCAGUUAGAACAUCUGGACAGACUAAUUGAACAGAGAGCCAAGGAAAUAACAGAAUUAACUAAAGAGGUGAAGUCUUUGGGUUUAGCAGGGCUAUCGCAGGACAGAGAGCUGGGUAAAAGAUUACAAGAGGAAGAAAGGAUGAUUUUGGAGCAAGAAAGGCAGGAUAGAGAGAUAGCAAAAGAAAGGGUGCUUAAGCAACAAAAGGUCAGGGCAGUGCAGGCUAUGGAACAGAGAAAGCGAGAAACUGAUGACUGGCUAAAUAUGAAAAUGACACAAGAGUACCCAGCCUCUAAAGGUGGUAUAGAUAUGACAAAAAUGUCAGGACCUGAUGGAUUAAGAACUUACAGAGCUAAGAUGUUGGUAGAGGAGAGAAACAGAGAUUUGGACUAUAGGGACACAUUAGCUUUAGACUUUGACCCAAUAGAGGACAGAUCCCCAUUAUUGAAAAGCACCCCUAGAGGUGGAAUGAAUGAGCCAGGUGUGAGUGUAUUUCCGUUGCGUAUUGAAGGGAAAACAGCUGUGUAUGUCCCAUGGGCUCAUAGGGAUUUAGAGACUAUAAUAAAUUUGUUGCCAAGUUUAAGAGACGGUGCUGGUCCCUGGAUCGGUGCGUUAGAGAAAGAGACGCAAGGUACAAGAUUGGCGGUGGGUGACAUAAAAGCCUUACUGGCAAAAAUCACUAGUUUGAGGGAAAUGGAGGAUGUGUUGUGGUCAGCAGGUAUGGGACAGAGUGUGGUUUCGUCUGAUUUUGAUGGCCAGGCUCUUGACUGUUACAGGGGCAGACUUUGUGGUGCCUUGAGAACUGAGUUCCCUGUCAAGUUUGACAGCACCAAACUGACCCCCACUGCACUGGGUCAGGAGGACUGCGCACUGUGGAUUGCUAAAAACAUGCAAACUUGGAGAGGGCAGGGGCUGAGAAAAGAUCCCACUGACCCAAGAGACUUUGAAACCAGACUGUUCAGAAAGGAACUGCUGGACGCACUGCCAGUGUCUGUGCAAAACAAACUGAGUGACACCCCAGGACUAAAUGCAAUGCCAGACAGCCAGUGGGUGGAGACCCUGAAACACCAUGCUUCCAAACACCAGAGACACGAAAGAGACUUAGAGCAACAAGCUAAAGAGACUGAACGAAAGCUGGCUCAAGUUAGUCUGGAAGAAAAGAAAAGAAACAAAGACAUUAGUAAAGUCCCCAGGGGAACCUAUGUAGCGGGAUGGGCAGGGUCAUAAGAGUCAGCGAGCCACUCUCAGGGCGAAAUGGUUGCAACACACCCUCCUAACAGGUCUGAAAAGGUAGCAUAUCUGCCAAAACAAGCUGCGGAUCAAACCCAAAAUCAGAACCCAUGGCAGCACCCUCAGGGCGCAGCCCCGUCUCAACCAGUAGUUGUGAAUGUAAAGGCACCUAGUGGACAGAGUAGAUGAAUUAUUUUUUGAAGAUGGCCAAGGGGCAGAGGAAGGGGAUAUUUUCAGAACAGGGCAUCCGCUGAUCUGGGUCCAUAUUUCGGGCAAAACAAUGUUUGCUGGGGAUGUGGGGAGAAUACUCAUGCUAGGCGUGACUGUCCAAAAAACCCAUGGAAGCAAUAGGGGUGUUCGGAGGGUCCCAUUAACCAACAGGUAGCAUUAUCCAAAAAUUGGGUUUGGGAAGAACCUAAAUUAACAUGCAUAAUAAAUGGAGUGAAAUUUGAAUGUUUAAUUGACACCAGGGCUACAUGCAGCUCAAUUGAUCCAAAAUUGGAACCUGGGGUUGUUGCAUCACAAUCAUCUGUUAUAACAAUAGGAUUCUCUGGAAAACCUAUGGAAAUGUGUCUGUCAGAACCAAUUAUGGUUUAGAUAGAAGGAAAAACUGUUGUAAAUCAAUUUCUGAUGGCACCUCAGGUUCCGAACACAUAAAUAGAAAGGGACAUUUUGUGUAAAUUAGAUGCUACUAUCAAAACCACACCACAGGGAUUAACGUUGCAGUGUCUAACCAAAAUAACUAGAAGAUAUUGAGUUGAGAAGUGAAAGAGGGCUGGUUUGAAAGAAUGGAGUAGCAGUGAGAAUCAGCAGUUGUAAGCUAUAGAGAAUUUUGCUGUGGAAGGAAGCCACCCCCAUGUGAAAGUUUGGGUGUGGGGAGAUCAUAGGGCUAGGGACCCAGAACCUUAUGUGAAAAAGUAAUAUUCCAUUGAAUGGGAAAAAGGAGAGGAAGGCUGGAUGGAGAACAGGGAGCUAGGUUGGUAUCUAAUUCCAUUAGAAAUGACUGGGACAGGUAUACAGCAGAAGCAAAUAAUUUUACAGGACAGCAGCAUAAAGGAGCAGGUAAUUGCAUUGUUUAACCAAUUGCUAAAAGAUAAGCUAGUUAUCCCCAGAGAUGAGAGGGAGUAUGCUUGCAAUAUGUAGAUGAUAUUUUGAUAGCACACAACAACAGAUAGGGGUUUGAGAAAUUAACAGAACAAGUUUUGAGCAGACUGUAUGACAUGCGAAUAAAAGUAUCAAAAUAAAAGUUGAUAUUGGCUAAAACCAGUGUACAAUAACUAAAAAAAGUAAUCUUUGAAGGGCAAAAAGAAAUUUUUGACAAACACCACAGAACCAUGCUUUACUAUCCAUAGCAAAACACAGUGAUGCAAAUGAUGGAAUUAAUAGGAGCUACAGGGUUUUGUAGUUCAUACCAGAGUUAAUACCAGAAUAUGCCAGUAGGGUAAAUUAAUUUAGGGAAUUUAAAUGUGAGGACAUGGGGGAAAAAAACAGACAGAUGUUGUUAUAUUGUAGUGAAGGCACACCACACGUUUGUACAACAGAAGGAAUUAAUUUAUUGACAAAGGAAAUGAAAAAGCAAAUGAGGAAGCAAAAUUAGGCGCGGCAAAACCAGAGCGAGCUGAAACCAUGACCAUGGUAGUGACAAGGUCAGGUAAAAAGACUAUAGUGAACAGGUGAGCAUUUCCGCAGACGUAACUGUAGAUGAAAUCAGAGACAUGCAAAAUACAGCGUAACAAAUUGAAAAGAUGGAGUGGCAAAGCAGAGGUAUUGUCAAUGUCAAAGGUUUGUGGAGAACCGAGCAACAACAAUUAGUAAUACCAUCUAGAAUGGAGAAAAUGGUAAUGAUGAACGCGCAUGGUAGUGAACAUUGCGCGAGGGGGGAGAUGAUAGAUAAGAUUUUGAGACAACAGGGUUUCUGGUUUAUCAAUAUGCAAAACUAAAUUAGCGAAUUUUUGUCAGAAUGUGAUAUAUAUAUGAAAAGAAAUGUCAAACCAGCAGUACAUCCAAUGCGUCUGUUUCCAAGUGUGGAAGGACCAUUUGUGCAUUUAGUGAUGGAUUUUGUAGAUAGAUCCACCCAAUUAAGGAGAAAAUGUGUUUUUUCGAGAUGGCAGAAGCUUAUCCAGUGUGAACGCAGAGUGCGCAAGCAGUGGCUGGAGCACUUAAGAGGGAAGUGGUCCCAAGAUUUGGGCUUCCCAAGGUAUUGCAGGCAGAUAAUGGACCAGGAUUUCAGGCCAACCUGUUGAGAAAAGCACUUGCUAGGGUAGGAAUAACCCAAAAAUUUGGAUCAGUGUAUCAUCCACAGUCUCAAGGGGCGGUUGAGAGGUGUAACGGCAUACUUAAAUAAAAAAUAGCCAAAAUCUGUGCACAGACUAAACUAAUUCGGGUUCAGGCCUUACCAAUAGCGCUCAUGGCCAUAAGAUCUAGUACUAACAGGGAAACGCGUUUAUCCCCUCAUGAAAUGGUCACAGGGAGACCAAUGUUCAAAGCUAACCAAAAUUAAAUGAAUUUGGAGCAUGAGGAGGAUCUAAAAAAUGAAAUUAAUGAAUAUAUUGAUGAACUAAUGAGAAACCAUAAAGCUAUUUUACAGAUUGAAAGCAGGCCCAGAGAGACACCUGGUGACGAGACUGCAACACCUUUUCCUGUAGAAACCGGGGUGUAGAUCAAAGUUUACUAGCGUAAGUGGGAUGAACCCAGACGAGAAGGCUCGUAUGAGGUCAUAGAAGCUAGCCCAACAGCUGUUAAGAUAGUGAUGUGAUGAACCAUAGAAACUGGAUUUGGAGAUCACAAUGAAUGGGUAAUGUAUGAUCAAAGCAUUUAAGGAUAUGGAGGAUGAAGAUUGCAUGAAUGUUGUUUAUUUGUUUCUAAUAAUGAAAAUGUUUCUCCCACCAAAUGUACAGGCUUAUAAGGGUAAUUGUACAUGUUUUAAGAUAACCAUUUCACAGAUGGGUGGUGCCAAAGAGAAAUUGAUGUUACAAAUGACAAAGAGGAAUACAAGGCAAACUGGUUUGUAGGCCAGACCAGAGAAAGGGCAGACGUAUGGUGAAUGGUUGUUGACAUGAAUUUAAGGCCAGGUUUGAGAGUAAAUUGGAAGGGAACCUGUACCCUGGUACAAUUAAUAAUGCUAUUUCAAAUGUUUUCAUUACCUGAUUUUGGGAGCCUACAUGAUAAAAUAAGUGUUAAGAGAAUUAACAGACAGAAAAGAAAUCUGCCUGGUGGAUCUUAUGAUAAUAUGUGCAUAUAGAGUGUACAGUAUAUCAGAGGGGUUCCAAGGGGGGUGCCAGAUGAAUACAAAGCGAGAAAUCAGAUCGUUACAAGUUUUGAGUCAAUUCUUCUCUGGUGGUCAACCCUCAAUAAAAAUUUGGAUUGGAUUAAUUGUAUUACGUUAAGGGGAUAUCUGAACAAAUGGGACUAAAGUCACUGAUGACAAAACAGUCUGGCAUUAGAUAUGUGGUUGGCUGAAAAGGGGGGUGUUAAAAAAAAUUAUAGAUAAUGGAUGCUGAAAAUUUAUUUCUGACAAUACUGCCACUGAUGGAAGCAUUAUAAGGGCAUUAGAAGGUUUGACCGCCUUGUCAAAUGAAUUGGCUGAGAACUCUGGGGUAGAUGAUUUCUUUACAAAAAUGAUGGAAAAUGGUUUGGGAAAUGGAGUACACUGAUAACUUCUUUACUGAUGUCAACUGCUGUAGCUGUUGCUAUCCUUGCAUUGUGUAUUUGUUGUUGCAUACCAUGUAUCAGUGGUUUGAUUGAGAAAACUAUCGACAAAGGAAUGGGUAAGAUAAUGUACCAACGGGUACAAAUUAAUGAGGACGACGAGGGAGAUAAAUUUGAGGACAACAUCCAUGUGUGAUGGGGAACCAACGAGGCUCUAGUACCCUCCUCCCUCACACGGCCCUCUACGCGUGCAAAGCGCAUGGGUUGAAGACCGUUGAAAGCUGGAAGAUGCACCCUACACGUAUACAUAUAGAAUUCAUGUUUCUUAGAAAGACUCUGUGUGGACUGCCCACCAGAGCAAAACACUCUCAUGUGAGAAUCAUUAUGUUACUGGUCAUGUUAAACUGGACAUAGGGUGUCACCUAUACUAAUGCAUUUAUUAUUUUUUAUUAAUGUUUAUAAUUUUUUUGCAUUUGUUAUCAUUUAUAAACAAGGUAUUAUCUUUUGCAGUGAUUAUUUUUAUUACUAUAAUCUUUUAUUAGUAAUGCAAGUUGCAAACCUGAAGUGUGUGUAAAAUAGGGAAAGGGAUGGUUUUAAGCAUCACUGUCCACGAUGUGAUGACAGUGUAACAAGCCUGGUAAGUGACUGAUGGUCCAGGAAUUUCCUGGGGGUGGAGGUAAAACAUCCACCUAGCACGGCUUACCAGAAAGUGAAAAGAAUUUUUUGAAAAGAUGAUAUGCUUGCUUUAGAUUUAAAAUUGAAUGUUAUGUUAUUUUUUACAUUAUGUUAAUCAUUACUCUUUUUUUACAGGUUGUUAAUUAUCAUUUAAAGGAUAACCCGUGUGAAAUGACUGUUGAGACUAGAAAAGUGACUGAGGGUCUGGCCCUAACUGUCAGGGGUAUUUUAUUCUUUUAUAUGUUUUCUUUCUUUAAAGUACCUAGCCCGGCUUCUCUGGUAUCAUCAGUCGUAUUUGCAGGGUGGUUAUCGAAAACAUUUAGUUUCCGAAGGGGGGAUAUAUGGUAGAGAAAUUUUGUGUGUUUUAUCUUAAGUUUAGUAUAAAUGUUUUAUACUAAGUAUACUUUUAAUGUGUUUUAUGGUUGAGGUCUAAAUGAAUUGAGUUGUCUCUCUGUUGCUUGCCAUGACAGUGUUUUUCCACAGCUAGGCCUGGAUGGGGGACGUGUGACCUUGGUAAGAGUAGCAAGAUAGCUUUAUGACGCAUUAGAAAACAAAGGCAUUGUGUUUUACCAGCAAUGGCUGUCUUUUUGUGUAGCAACUUAAAGGUCGCAAAGAUACAGGCCCAGUACAAACAGAUUGUUCGAAUGGGAGGGCUACUAUUUAAAUCACUGAGAAACUCAGAACGGGGUCAUUGUCAUAGUCAUUGUCAUCAUCAUUUUACCAAUGCAGGUGUAUACACCCUAUGACCAGUAUUGUGUUUCAAGCUGUCUGACACAAUUCUUUAAUAAAAUACUUUGAAGAGAA